AUGAUAUCCACGAAUCCCGCAGGCCCUUCACCUUCGUGGUGGCGUCCGUAUUGGGAGCUGGCCAGGAUGCACAAAUUUCCUGCUGGUUCUAUCCUUGUCUUCUGGCCCUGUGUUUGGGGAUACCUCCUCUCCCCUGGUAGUGCAGGGCUCUCCCCGCGCGAACUUACGGUUCAUAUAUUCGCUCUCCUCGUGGGCAGCACACUGUUGCACAGUGCGGCCUGUACCAUCAACGACAUCUGCGAUAUAGACUUUGACCGUCAAGUCGAACGAACGAAGAAUAGACCCUUGGUAACUGGUGCGGUCUCUAUCUUCGGCGCCACCGUCUUCCUCGCCUUGCAAGUCCUGGUAUUUUUCGCCAUGCUGGCAUCGGUGAAUCAGACCGCCCUCCUCUGCGGCACGUUUGGCGUAUUUCCACUGCACGCAUUCUACCCACUCAUGAAACGGAUCACAUGGUGGCCGCAGGCAUGGCUAGGUCUUGCGAUGAACUGGGGCCUUCCGACCGCGUGGCUCAUCGCUGCGCCGAAGGAUGUGAAGUCUACGGCUAUGUGGGCGCUCACGUUCGGAGCAUUUUGCUGGACUAUCGUGUAUGACACCAUCUACGGCUGCCAGGAUCGCGAGGACGAUGUCACAGCGGGCGUGAAGUCGACUGCACUUCUCUUCGGCGACUUCGUGAAGCCUAUCCUCGCCAUGUUCGCGACUGUUUUCGUAGCCAGCCUUGGCUACGCCGGAGUCGUCACCGGUCGAAGCGCGGUCUACUUUGUCCUGGCCGUCGGAGGGUGUGCGGCGCACCUGUCCUGGCAGCUCCUUACUCUCCGAGCCGACAAUCCGGAAGACUGCUGGCGCAAGUUCAAUGCUAAUGGUUACUUGGGAUAUAUCGUUGCAGGGGGCAUGCUUGCAGAGCGCUAUCUCGCCUAG